CUCCAGCGGGGACUGAGGAAUGUGGAGCCCAGCAGCUACGUCACCCCCUUCCAUCGCCCGGGGUGUCGUCGAGAGCGAACUUUUUCUGAGGCUAUGAAUUAACAACACGACACAUACAGGACGCCCGUCUCUGUCUCCAUGGUAACGUGGCGGACGCCCAGCGUCUGAGCUGCCUGCGAGGGGGCGGAACCGGAGAGACACGACGGAGCUCCGACCUCCGACUGAUAGAAGGCAAGAUCAGUGGAAGAUGGUAAGGAGAGCACGGCUGCCUGAGGACAGCAGCAGCAGCAGCAUCAGAGCCAUUUCACGACGGCGUGUACUACCCCUACACCAGUGACACCCGCUCGUCAGCAGGGAUCCCCUCCCUCCUCAACUCCCCGCUCAGCCAGCAGCAGUCUGCCAACGCUGCAUCAGGUAUGACUCCAUCCAGUGGAGCCUCCGCCGUUCUCCCGUUCAAGUUCCGUCCGCGCAGAGAGAGCGUGGACUGGCGGCGGAUCAACGCCGUGGACAUUGACUUGGUGGUGAGCCAGCUGGACGUGGACGCCCUCCAGGAGCACAUCAGCACGGUGACCUUCUGCAGCCUGGACGGGGAGCGGUGCCAGCGGUGCCAGAGCCCCGUGGACCCGGCUCUGGUGAAGCUCCUGCAGCUGGCUCAGCUCACGGUGGAGUGGCUCCUCCACUGCCAGGAGUUCCUCAGCCUCAACCUGCGUGCGGCGGAGGAGAGGCUGUCGGCGGCCAGCAGGGAGCGGGAGCAGCUGCUGGCUCAGCAGAAGAAGCAGGAGGAGAAGACGAAGGCGCUGACCACCGAGCUCAAGCAGCGGAAGAAGGUUAUUCGCACUCAGCAGUCGCUGCUCGCGCCACGAAUCAUCAGCAGCCAGAAGUGUCCACAUUGUGAUAAAACCUUCCUCAAUUCCUCGUUUCUCCAGAAUCACAUGCAGCGGCGGCAUCCUGACGAGUACGAGAUCCAGCUGCGGUCUGACAGUGACAAGAAAUCUCAAAUCGAUAGUCUCAAACUGGAGAUCAGCAGUCUGAAGGAGCAGAUCGUUCAGCAGCAGCAGACCUUAGCAGCUAAAGUAGCUCAGGAAAAAGAGCAGCAGUCCAUGCACAAAGACCUGCUGAGAGAGCUGGAUCGCUUUAAGGCUGAGGAGAUGGCACGCAUGGACAGGAAGAUAGAAGACAGCCGGGACGGCAUGCGCAAGGAAAUGGAGUUUCUUUACAACCGAAAUAUUCAGGCUCUUAACGAAGUGAAUCAGAACCAGACAGCCAAGCACGAAAAGUCCGUCAGUCCUGUGCAGUCGCAGCCGGAGAGAGAUCUGGACAUCUACAAAGAGAUGCAGAUACAAGCCAUCCAGAAGCUAGAACACCAAAUUAAGAAACAGGAUAAAAAGUGGGAAUCCAGACUGCAAGAAAUUAAUGCUCAGCACGAGUCUGAAAAGAAUCAGUGGCUGAACGAGGUGAGCAGAAUGCAGUCGUCCUUGUCGGAGCACCAGGAGCGCAGCCAGAGGCUGCAGCAGGAGAUGGGGAGGAGGCUGCAGGAGAAGGAGCAAACCAUCAAGGCUCAGAGGGAGCAGAUAAAGACAAUUUCCACGCAGCCACCACCCAAAGUCGUGGAGUUACCAGUCAUUGUCAGUUCACCAGCACCGGAGCACAAACAAAAGAGAGUUGUACUCGAGGAGCCAGUCUCUGCUCUUAAGCUGGAUCCUAUACAGGAGCUGUCAGAAGAGGAGAAAGACUCCAGCAGCAUCUCUGAGCGGAGGCCAGUGGAAAAGAAGCCCGAGCCUGCACCAGAGAAGAAACCGAGGGUGAACAGCAGCGCUCUGAAAAGGAACCCCAACAUUAAGAGAGAGAUGCGACCAGAGCUGGAGCAGGCUGUCGUUCAGAGGCUGAAGAACCUGGGCAUCAAGCCUGAUCAGAGUGGUCUAAAGAGCAAGGAGCUCACUUCCAUCCUGGCCAAGCUGCAUUCAGACCGGGAGAGCAUUUCAAAGAAUAUGCCCGACUACUGGCUCCAUCGGGAGGAGAUGGCCAGCGCUGUGGAGCAGAAGUUGGGAGGUCAGAGGAGAGGCAGCGAUCCUGCUCCACAGUCACAGGCCAGAUCCAGGCACCCUGUUCAAGUGGUGCAGAUUCGGCCUCGAUCCAGCAGCCUGCCUUCCAGAGGGAGCCAGGCGACAUCCGGAUCUGCCGUCAAACAGCCCAAAACCCCCCAGCCGGCACCAAGAACUAAGACCACCGCCCAACCGAAAACGUCCACGCCCAACGCUAAGACCGCCUUGAAGAUCCUCUCAAGCAAGACCCCUCCCUUCAGCUCAGACGAGGACUCUGAAGAACAGGACACAGACUCGGAGGAGGAACAGCCCGUGAAACCCCAGAGGGGCAAAUCCCCACAGCCCAGACUCAACCAGGCGACUCCAGUCCAAAUCAGAGCAAGCAAAGCCAGCCCAGUGCUGAGCAGGCAGGCUGCAGUCAGGCAGUCCUCCACCUCCACCCACCAGCAGUCCCGGGCGUCAGUGGGCGGCGUGACCAAGACGGCGGUCACAAAGAUGGAGAGCGACGACGAGGGGGACGGAUGGUCAGAAGUCAGCGAGCUGCAGGAGAUUGAUCCCAGACAGCUGCAGAACUACAAAGACCAGAACGGAAAUGUGGACAAGAGAAACCACAGCAAAGAGAACAAGAUCAAUGACAUCGCCAGAAGAGUGGAGAAGCAGUUUGCAGACAGAGUGGUCAAGAAACCAGCAGGGGGCGUGAGCAUCUUACCAGAGAGGAACGACGAGAUCCAGGAACUCACGUACACAGAUCUGGAGGAGAGCAGCGAGUGGAUGGUUUCCUCAUUAGAGGAAAGACAAGAAGCGUCUAAACCGGCACAGAGCUCCAGCCUGCUGAGGAAGAGCCUGGACUCGCCCAGCACCAGCGUCUGGGGAACCUCCACAGGAAAGGCUCCCAAAUCAGGUCUGACUGAAGCUGGAACCGGGAGCACCCUGAAGAGCAGCCUGUGCUCCCUCAGCGACAUCAGCGACUCCGAGGACAUUAGCAAUAAGCACAGCACACACUACAGGUGAUGCAGCACAGACACUGACCUCAGCCGAUGCCAAACAGCCAUAUUUUAUACCGACUUGUUUUGUGAGAGCUGUCAUACGAAGAAAAGCAAUACUUAAAGUAGGUUAGUGUGCUCAGGAGGCAGGUUUCCAUAUGAAGACCAUCUAAUGAGUUUGUUAGAGAUAAACGAGUUCUUUUCAGUCUCACCUUGCGCCUUGUGCCAACUCUUUGCUUGCCUUAGACCUCCUCAGUGUUCCUCUUUGAUAGAUUUAGUUUUUUACUGCUCACUGAUAUUUAACCGACUCUCCACAUGAGGUACUGUUGAUGCUACUGUGUGUAGUCUGUGAAAAACUUUGUACAUCAAAUUUUAUAUCAGAGCAACGAGAUGUGACUUUGUAUAGACAAUAUUUAUACACGCAAUAAAAGAUUUCUUUGUAGAAAUUA